CUGUUUGAUGAGAAGGGGAAACUUUUGGGUUCAGCCAGUAGUCCAAUACAGAUUUGGAAGGAGGGUGAUUGUGUUGAGCAAUCUUCAACUGAUAUUUGGCAUGCUAUCUGCUCGGCUGUGAAAUCAGCAUGCUCCCUUGCACAAGUUGCUGGGGAGGAAGUAACGGGUUUGGGAUUUGCAGCUACUUGUUCCCUUGUUGCUGUUGACUCUGAAGGUUCUCCUGUUUCAGUAUCCUGGAGUGGUGAUUCAAGAAGAAAUGUGAUAGUGUGGAUGGACCAUCGAGCUGUAAAUCAAGCUGAAAAAAUCAAUUCAUGUAAUUCAACAGUAUUACAGUACUGUGGUGGGCCCUUUCCCCUGAAAUGCAACCUCCUAAGGUACCUUUUAUGGGUCAAAGAAAAUAUGCCAGAAUCAUGGGCAAUGGUGUUUAGGUGGAUGGACUUGAGUGAUUGGUUGUCAUACAGAGCAACAGGAGAUGAUACUAGGAGUUUGUGUACCACAGUUUGCAAAUGGACAUACCUUGGUCAUGCACACAUGCAACAACUCACAGACAAAGACUCCCGUGAUAUGGAAGCUUGUGGCUGGGAUGAUGAUUUCUGGAGGAGAUUGGCUUAG